UCUUGUGGCUCAUGUUCUUGCCUCGUUUUCUGUGUUUGAUUUUAUCAGAUUUGUUGUAUACUGACCACCAGGAAUGAGAAACAGAACAUCAGUGACAUACUUCAUCCUCCUGGGUCUGACAGAUGAUCCUGAGCUUCAGGUUGUGAUUUUCUUUUUUCUGUUUCUCACAUAUGUGCUGAGCAUUACUGGAAAUUUAACCAUCAUCAUACUCACUCUGCUGGAUUCCCACCUGAAGACCCCCAUGUAUUUCUUCCUCAGGAAUUUCUCCUUCUUGGAAAUUUCAUUUACUUCUGUCUGUAACCCUAGGUUUUUGGUCAGCAUCCUAACUGGAGACAAAUCAAUCUCCUAUAAUGCUUGUGUUGCUCAACUAUUUUUCUUGAUUUUUCUUGGCUCAACAGAGUUUUUCCUUCUGGCAUCCAUGUCCUAUGAUCGCUAUGUGGCUAUCUGCAAGCCACUCCACUAUACAACCAUCAUCAGUAAAAAGAUCUGCCACCAGCUCAUCAUCAGCUCCUGGCUGGCUGGGUUCCUGGUAAUUUUUCCACCAUUGGCCAUGGGAUUAGAGCUAGAUUUCUGUGACUCCAACAUUAUUGACCACUUCACAUGUGACUCUGCUCCUUUGCUCCAAAUCUCCUGCACAGACACACGCACUCUAGAGCUCAUGAGCUUUAUAUUGGCUUUGAUCACGCUUAUGACUACGCUGACGUUGAUAAUUGUCUCUUAUAUCUAUAUCCUCAUAACUAUUCUGAAAUUUCCUUCAAGCAAACAAAGGAAAAGGGCCUUCUCAACCUGCUCCUCACACAUGAUUGUUAUCUCCAUAUCCUAUGGAAGCUGCAUCUUCAUGUAUGUAAAAACAUCUGCCAAGGCUGGAGUUGCCUUGACAAAGGGUGUGGCUAUGCUCAACACCUCUGUUGCUCCCAUGCUGAAUCCUUUUAUCUACACUUUAAGGAACCAGCAGGUGAAACAAGCCUUUAAGGAUCUUAUGAGAAAGGUAUUUGCCUCAAAAACGCUGAUGUGAUAUAGAUUACAAAUGAAACAUGGGACAACUUCAGCCAUAAAACUAAUGAGCAUGUCCUUGUUC